UCUUGAGUAUUAAUGAUUAUAUUAAAACUUUAUAUCGAAAUUAUGAAGCGUGGACCAAAAACGUCGUCUACAGUGUGGGAGCAUUUUAAAAAGACUGAAGAAAAGAAAGUAACUUGCAAUAUUUGCAAAAAUGAAUUUAAAUAUUCCGGCAAUACUUCAAAUUUAAGGGAACAUUUAAAAAGAAAACACCCGGCGUCCCUAUUUCCGCAACGUGAACCCAAAGAAGAUGCCGAUGAAAAUGUGGUAACAUCAGUUGCACGUUCUAGUCAAGAAAUUGAGUCUUCGUCCCAUAAUUCAUGUAUUCUUCCCACUAACAUUACAGCGAAUAACCAAGAAAAGCCUCUAUCGAAAUCGAAAGGUUCUCGCCAACUCAAGUUAUUUGGUUCUACUAGAGGCGAUGGACUAACACCGGAAAUGAAAGAUAAACUUGACAAAGCUCUUUUGCAAAUGAUUGUAAUAGAUUAUCAACCAUUGUCCAUUGUAGAAAAUAAGGGUUUCAUUAAUUAUUCAAACAACCUGAAUCCACAUUAUCAACUGCCAAGUAGAAAACUUUUAACAUCAGUAUGGCUUGAAAACUUCUACCAAGAGGAAAGCCGCAAAGUUAAGACCAUGCUGACAGAUGUGGCAAAUGUUGCAGCAACAACAGAUAUCUGGACGUCAGAUAGUAAUAAAGCUUACAUUUCUGUGACAAUUCAUUUUAUUUAUAAUGACCAGAUGUUUUCGCGAAACAUAGCCACCAAAGAACUGGAAGACGUUCAUCACACAGGAGAAAACAUUGCGAGAGCCCUUAAUUCUAUUUUUCAAGAAUGGAAUAUCAACAAUAAAAUCGUCACAGUCGUAUCUGAUAAUGGGGCAAAUAUCAAAAAUGCUAUACGACAGAUGAACGUACACCAUCACCCGUGUAUCGCCCAUACUUUAAAUCUAACUGUAAAUGAAAGUUUAGACAAUAUUCCCUUGUUAAAUACAGUUAUUAAAAAAUGCCGGUCUCUAGUUGGACACUUCAAACAUAGUGUUGCUGCAUCUCAAAUUCUCAAGGAAAUGCAAAUUCAAAUGAAUCUUCCCAUUCUUAAGGUCAAACAGGAUGUAAGAACACGAUGGAACUCAUGUCUGAUAAUGAUGGAGAGACUUUUAAAAAUAUAA